AUGAAUAGUGCUCGAGUUGUGGAGCUUCUGAUCGAAGCAGGUGCUGAUCCGAUGAUCAAGGAUAACACUUACGGAUCCACCGGCCUCCAUUACAGUUGUUACUCAGACGAGUAUGCUCCUAUCGUGAUUCACAGCGUUAAGUGUGAUGAUCUUAACAUCAAGAACAAGAACGGACAUACGCCUCUGAUGUAUUGCGCCUUCAAUGCACACCCGGGCGCCGCAUCAAGUCUCUUGAAGACGGGGAGAGUUGAUGUCCAUCAUGACGAUAUGCGUGCCAAGACGAACGCGUGUAUGAUGGCGGCUCGAGUGGGCAGUAUCGAAAUAGUGAAGUUGUUGAUCGAACACGAUGCGAGCGUAGUGCUGAGAACGGACAAGCACAAAGACACAGCGCUACAUGAAGCCUGUCGCGGCGGUCAUCUGGGGAUAGUGAAGUUGUUGCUUGAGACAGAUGCUUCCAACAUUGAGGCAGUGAACAAUAAGAACCACACUGCUUUCGAGGUGGCAGCAGAAUGCGGACACACUGACAUUGUCGCUUUCAUGCUCAAGCGGGAUGAUGUCAAUCCCCUUCGCGUAUCCAAACGCAACUAUACCCCAUUGUUGGCGGCAGCCUACACGGGAAAUCAGGACCUGAUCGAGAUGCUUAUGGCUGUUGAGGACACGGAUCUGGGUCAAUUGUCCACGGGGGCAGGUCGCUCUUCAACAUAG